AGCUGUAGAGCUGGAGUCUCUCAAGUGCGGUUGCUUAUGGAUAACGAGAGGUUGCUUGUUUCGGUGCAUGCUGGGAUACUUCACCCGGGUCCCAAUAUCCGUAUUGUAUCAAGAUGGCGGAGUUAAGGUUGCUUAGACUACAGAAACAGAUAGGCCCUAGUCAAGCAAUGCCGCGGUGCUGUUAAUAAGAGAAGAUAUAUUUAUAGACAUUGCCCCCCUUUUCCCCAGAAUCGUCAAAGCCGUUGUCCUAGCCCCUUUCCCUGAAAAGAAAAUCCGUAGAGCCAAUAGUUGGAAGGAGGAGAUAAGUGAGUGGACUAGACCCUGGACAGAGCCUGGCACUUCCACCUUCCCAGAGUGAGCAGCGACUCUCGUAUGAAUUCCGACGAGAACCAGGACUGUGAGUGUGCGCCACCACAGGCCACCAAGCCGGCAGCAGCAGCAGUAGACAGAUCACCAGAAGAACCUCAUCUGGACCAUCUAGAACCUAGCCGAAUGAAGCGAGCAGCUGCAAAGCACCUAAUAGAACGCUACUACCACCAAUUAACUGAGGGUUGUGGAAAUGAGGCCUGCACGAAUGAGUUUUGUGCAUCCUGUCCAAGUUUUCAACGUAUGGAUAACAAUGCUGCGGCCAUUAAGGCCCUUGAUCUUUAUAAGAUUAAUGCAAAACUCUGUGAUCCUCAUCCCUCCAAGAAAGGAACGAGUUCUGCCUAUCUUGAAAACAACUCGAAGACUGCUCUCAACAACUUGUGUGUAGACCGAAAGAUGAACAAAAGGGAAAUGCAGGCACCGAGGGAUGAUUUUAAAGAUGUGAACUACCUAACGGAGGAGAAGACAUAUGAAAUUCUGGAGCUAUGCAGAGAACGAGAAGAUUAUUCACCUUUAAUCCGUGUAAUUGGCAGAGUUUUCUCAAGUGCAGAAGCCAUGGUUCAGAGUUUCCGUAAAGCCAAACAACAUACCAAGGAAGAAUUGAAGUCUCUACAAGGGAAGGAUGAAGACAAAGAUGAAGAUGAGAAAGAGAAAGCUGCUUGUUCUACAACUGCUAUGGACGAGGACUCAGCAUCCUCUUCAAGAGUAGGCGAAACUACACAAGGAGAGAAUAAUGUGCAAAAACUUGGUCCUGAUGAAGUAUCAGUCGACAUUGAAGCAGUCCGACGUGUGUACAGCAGACUUCUUGCAAAUGAGAAAAUAGAACCUGCCUUUCUAAAUGCACUAGUGUAUUUGUCGCCUAAUGUAGAAUGUGACUUGACUUACCAUAAUGUGUACUCUAGAGAUCCUAACUACCUAAACUUAUUCAUUAUUGUCAUGGAGAAUAGUAACUUGCAUAGUCCUGAGUAUCUGGAAAUGGCCUUGCCAUUGUUUUGCAAAGCAAUGUGCAAGUUACCUCUUGCAGCCCAAGCCAAACUGGCUCGGCUGUGGUCUAGAUAUAGUGCAGAGCAAAUAAGACGAAUGAUGGAAACAUUUCAGCAGCUUAUCACUUACAAAGUCAUAAGCAAUGAUUUCAACAGUCGGAACCUUGUGAAUGAUGAUGAUGCCAUUGUUGCUGCUACAAAGUGCUUGAAAAUUGUUUACUAUGCAAAUGUAUUAGGGGGAGAAAUUGACACCGAUCACAAUGAGGAUGACGACGAAGAGCCAAUCCCAGAAUCCAGUGAGUUAACUCUGCAGGAAUUAUUAGGUGAGGAAAGAAGAAAUAAAAAAGGACCCAGAGUGGACCCACUGGAAACUGAGCUUGGUGUAAAAACAAUUGACUGCCGAAAACCACUUAUUCCUUUUGAAGAGUUUAUUAAUGAACCACUGAAUGAGGUUCUAGAAAUGGACAAAGAUUAUACUUUCUUCAAAGUAGAAACUGAAAACAAAUUUUCUUUUAUGACAUGCCCUUUUAUUCUAAAUGCUGUUACUAAAAAUCUUGGACUUUACUAUGACAAUAGAAUUCGAAUGUAUAGUGAACGGCGGAUAACAGUCCUCUACAGCUUAGUCCAGGGACAGCAACUCAACCCCUAUUUGAGACUGAAGGUCAGACGAGAUCACAUUAUUGAUGAUGCCCUAGUCAGACUUGAAAUGAUUGCCAUGGAAAAUCCUGCAGACUUGAAGAAACAGUUGUAUGUAGAGUUUGAAGGAGAACAAGGAGUAGACGAAGGAGGCGUUUCCAAAGAAUUCUUUCAGCUGGUUGUGGAGGAAAUCUUCAACCCAGAUAUUGUUGCAGAACUGUACUUUCAAGUUCUGCACCAGAGUUUAAAGGACUUGCUAGAAUACGAGGGCAGUGUGGAAGAGGAUAUGAUGAUCACCUACCAGAUAUCGCAUACUGAUGUCUUCGGAAAUCUACUGAUGUAUGAUUUGAAAGAAAGUGGAGAAAAAGUUCCUGUUACUAAUGAAAAUAGAAAGGAGUUUGUUGACAUGUAUGCAGACUAUAUUCUCAACAAAUCCGUAGAAAAGCAGUUUAAGGCAUUCCGACGAGGUUUUCACAUGGUGACUAAUGAGUCUCCUUUGAAGUACUUAUUCAGACCAGAAGAAAUUGAGCUGCUUAUUUGUGGAAGUAGGAAUUUAGACUUCCAAGCCCUUGAAGAAACAACAGAAUAUGAUGGUGGCUAUACAAAGGAUUCCCGUAUUAUUAGGGAAUUUUGGGAAGUGGUCCAUUCAUUUUCUGAUGAGCAGAAGAGACUGUUUUUGCAGUUUACAACAGGUACAGACCGUGCGCCUGUGGGAGGACUGGGAAAAUUAAAGAUGAUUAUAGCCAAAAAUGGCCCCGAUACUGACAGAUUACCGACGUCUCACACCUGCUUCAACGUCCUUUUGCUUCCCGAGUACUCCAACCAGGAGAAACUUAAAGAAAGAUUAUUGAAGGCCAUCACCUAUGCCAAAGGAUUCGGCAUGCUGUAAAAUAUGUGAAUAUAAUGACAGAGAGAAAAAAUGAAUUAUUGGAUAUCGUCAUCCCUGUCAUUGAAAACAAGGCCAUAAGAUAGUGAGCUACAUUAGUCACUUGUGUCUGUGCCUCCCUCCUUCACUGGGGACAGCGGGCUGGAACAGCAGAUUUCAGCUGCUGAUAUGAACAAAUUUUUCUCCUUUUAGUGUGAAAGUGCUAUAUAUUCUUUCACUUGUAUGUACAGAAAGAUUUUUUCCUAAAAUAUUUAUUUUAAGGGUUAAAUCAUUUUUGCUUGUGUUUAUAACUGCUUGGAGUUGAGCCUUCUUUGGAUAUUUAAGGAAACCGUAAUCUCCCAUGGAAAAAAGUACCAUCAUUUGUAAAAUGUGUAAACUGUAAAAAUGUGCUCUUGUCCCUGUUACCCAAUCAAAUCAGGAAAUGUACUUUCCCCCAACAGUUUGCUUUUGAAACUUGAAGUCUGAGAAGUAGUGUGAUGCAAUUACUGCUGUUCUAGCCCCAAAGAGUUUCUGUACGUAUGUGUAGAACAAAUAAAGAUGGAAGGGAGAACUCGGAAUGUUA